AUGCCUGUUCGACAUUGUAUCGCUGUUGGCUGCACUGCCGAUAGCAGGACAAGUACGGAUUUAAGUUUUCACCAGCUCCCAAAAGUUGAGAGUGAGCUGAGGAAGUGGCUUAGUUUAAUAAGGAGGGAGGGGUUGAGAGUAGAUAGAACGAGUGAUAUACGGCAUUACGUUGUAUGCUCAAAACAUUUUGUAGACACCCUACCAACUCCACAAAACCCUUAUCCAACACUGUUUGCGUAUAAUAAUUACAAAAAGUCAACCCCAAGAAAAACGAAGAACUCGAACUUAGGUAGAACUUCAACAAGCACCAUAAGUCAAGAUUGUCCAACCACCAAAAAAGUUAGACUUGUGAAAUGUGAUCCAAGUACUGAUAAAACACAGAUAUGCUAUCCCUAUGUUGUGGGUGAAUUGGACAUCCCAUUCAUGGAUUGUCUGGAUAUCAACAAUAACAACAAAAGUCAACCAGAGUUUGAAUGUGACAUUCAGUGCCAAAACACACAAGUACAUCAUGAUCAUCCUUAUAUCUGCUGUAGUCCAAAAAAGAAGUAUAGUGGGGAACAUGAUCUAUUGGAGAAAAUUACACUUUUAGAGGCUAGAUGUGAGAAGCUAGAGAAAGAAAACAGGAAACUAAAAGAGGAGAAUCAAGCACUCAAAUCACGUAAAGUUGAUUUCCGGGAGAACCUUAUGGGGAAAAUACUACAUGAUGAUAACAACGUCAAGCAUUUUCUGGGACUGCCUUCACUUAGUUUUCUUACAUUUUUCCUUCAGUUUUUGGCCCCUUUUUAUGACAAAGUUUCAUUUUGGAAAGGAGCUGGGAGGUCAGGAUCCAAAAAGUGGCAAGAAAAGAUUCAAACAAAACCAGGGAAACAGAGAAAACUCACUAUGAAGGAGGAGUUUGUCAUGACCAUGUUGAAACUAAGACUUGGUGUAGACAAUACAACUCUUUCCGUUUUGUUUAAUGUGUCAAUUGGAUAUGUCUCAAACCUAUUUAGCACAUGGAUAAAUUUCCUAGCUCAAAUUCUAGACCCUGUUAUUAAGUGGCCAGAUAGUGAAAAGAUUCGAAAACACAUGCCAUUAUCAUUUAAGCUCAAGUACCCCAAUACAACAUCAAUAAUUGACUGCACAGAAGUGUUCAUUCAAAAACCAAAAAAUUGUUCUGCACAAGCAAGUACUUGGAGUAAUUACAAGUCCCACAACACCCUGAAGGCACUGGUUGCUAUUCAACCAAAUGGAGCUUUUACUUUUGUUUCCAAAUUCUGGAGUGGCAAUGUCAGUGACCGAAAAAUUACAGUUGACAGCAAAUAUAUUGACCUCAUUUCCCCAGGGGACGAGGUCAUGGCAGACAGAGGAUUCCAAAUUAGAGAUCUUCUUACCCUGAAAGGAGCAUAUUUGAAUAUGCCGCCUUUCACCAAUGAGAGAAGAAAUGGCAGAGGGAGAGUGCUAACAUCAAAACAGAUUAUUGAGACUCGUAAAAUUGCUUCACUACGUAUCCAUGUGGAACGAGCUAUCCGCAGACUGAAAUCUUUCAAAAUGUUAGGAGGCAUUCUCCCUCUGAAAAUGAAAAAUUUGUCAUCUGCAAUGCUUAGAGUAGCAGCAGCAUUUUGCAACUUUAUGCCACCUUUGUCAAAGAAAUUUAAAUGA